ACACAAUCAACUUCCCAAUCCACCACAAAUACACCGACAACAACGGAGACAACCACCAUACAAUUGACAACAACCACACCACAGACAACCACACCAACCACAACAUUGCAAACUACCACGCAAUCAACUUCCCAAUCCACCACAAAUACACCGACAACAACGGAGACAACCACCGAACAACUGACAACAACCACACCGCAGACAAACACACCAACUACAACAUUGGAUACUACCACACAAUCAACUUCCCAAUCCACUACAAAUACACCGACAACAACGGAGACAACCACCGUACAAUUGACAACAACCACACCGCAGACAACCACACCAACUACAACACUGGAUACUACCACGCAAUCAACUUCCCAAUCCACCACAAAUACACCGACAACAACGGAGACAACCACCGAACAACUGACAACAACCACACCGCAGACAAACACACCAACUACAACAUUGGAUACUACCACACAAUCAACUUCCCAAUCCACUACAAAUACACCGACAACAACGGAGACAACCACCACAAGCACACCCACCACAACAUUGGAAACUACCACGCAAUCAACUUCCCAAUCCACCACAAAUACACCGACAACAACGGAGACAACCACCGAACAACUGACAACAACCACACCGCAGACAACCACACCAACUACAUUGGAUACUACCACACAAUCAACUUCCCAAUCCACCACAAAUACACCGACAACAGAUACAACCACCGAAACUACCACACAAUCGACUUCACAAUCCACAAAUACACCGACAACAACGGAGACAACCACCACAACCACACCAACCACAACAUUGGAUACUACCACACAAUCAACUUCACAAUCCACCACAAAUACACCGACAACAGAUACAACCACCGUACAUUUGACAACAACCACACUGCAGACAACCACACCAACCACAACAUUAGAUACUACCACACAAUCAACUUCCCAAUCCAGCACAAAUACACCGACAACAACGGAGACAACCACCAUACAAUUGACAACAACCACACCACAGACAACCACACCAACCACAACAUUGCAAACUACCACGCAAUCAACUUCCCAAUCCACCACAAAUACACCGACAACAACGGAGACAACCACCGAACAAUUGACAACAACCACACCGCAGACAACCACACCAAGCACAACCUUGGAUAUUACCACACAAUCAACUUCACAAACAACCACAAAUACACCGACAACAGAGACAACCACCAUACAUUUUACAACCACACCGCAGACAACCACACCAAGCACAACACAGGAAACUACCACGCAAUCAACUUCCCAAUCCACCACAAAUACACCAACAACAACGGAGACAACCACCGUACAUUUGACAACAACCACACUGCAGACAACCACACCAACCACAACACAGGAAACUACCACACAAUCAACUUCCCAAUCCACGACAAAUACACCGACAACAGAGACA